UUUUAUUUAUUUAUUAGUGCAAGGAAAAUUAUGUGGCGGUUGUUAUCAAUAAUUUUAGUAUUUUCUUUUAUUGACGGCACAAUACUUCGAUUAUCACAAGUAAAUGCCUCAUUAUCUUCUUCCCACCAAUCUAAAGUUCCAGUGGAUGUUGAACUCCAAGCUGGCCUUUUACGAGGAUUUGAAUCUAUUUUUCUACACAAACGUGUUCGCUCUUUCUUGGGUGUUCCAUUUGCUGAGCCCCCAAUUGGAGAAUUGAGAUUUUUGCCUCCUCGACUAAAAAAGCCUUGGAAUGAAACCAUUGAAGCAACAACACUCGCCCCAGCAUGUUAUCAAGGAAGAGACACUUAUAACGAAUCAUUUUGGGGUUCUGAAAUGUGGAAUGCAAACACUCCAGUCAGUGAAGAUUGUCUUUACAUGAAUAUUUGGGCACCAGCUGAGGCUAGUAAUCUGACAGUUUUGGUUUGGUUUUUUGGUGGAGGUUUUUGGUAUGGAAGUCCAUCUUUGCUUCUUUAUGAUGGAAAAGCUUUGGCAUUAACUGCAAAUGCUAUUGUUGUUAAUAUAAAUUAUAGACUGGGUGCUUUUGGUUAUUUGUAUUUGGGAGAUUCUGAAGUUCCUGGAAAUAUGGGAAUGCUAGAUCAGCAACUUGCACUUUAUUGGAUUAGAGAGAAUAUUGAAGCUUUUGGUGGAAAUCCAAAAUCAGUAACUAUUUUUGGAGAAAGUGCCGGUGCUUCUAGUAUUGUUGCUCAUUUAAUUGCACCAGGAUCGCGUGGACUCUUUCACAAUGGAAUUCUUCAAUCAGGCAUUCGAUUAAUAAAUUUAUUUAUUUAA